AUGCAGAAACUCAAUGCAGCAGACACAAAGCGCAUCGUAACAAAGCUCCCCGGGGUGCGUAAACACGACCUGUGCACAGCCCGCAAUGAAUGUGGCUGUGACCAAGAAUCCAGCCAACAGAGAGGCUCUGACGUUCUUAAAGUGACAACAAAUGCCAGUCUUCUUGGAGGAGGAGGUGUGGAUGGCUGCAUCCAUAGAGCGGCUGGUCCCUGUUUGUUAGCUGAGUGUCGGACCCUGAAUGGCUGUGAGACUGGACACGCGAAAAUCACAUGCGGCUAUGACCUCCCUGCAAAGUAUGUCAUCCAUACCGUAGGGCCAAUAGCCAGAGGCCACAUUAAUGGUUCCCACAAGGAAGACCUUGCAAAUUGCUAUCAAUCAUCCUUGAAGCUGGUGAAAGAAAAUAAUCUCCGAUCAGUUGCAUUUCCCUGCAUCUCAACAGGCAUUUACGGUUUUCCAAAUGAGCCUGCUGCAAUCAUUGCCCUAGACACGAUUAAGGAAUGGCUGGCCAAGAAUCACCAGGAGGUGGACCGAAUCAUCUUCUGUGUCUUCCUAGAAGUUGACUUCAAGAUCUACAAGAAGAAAAUGAGCGAGUUCUUCCCUGUUGAUGAUAACAAUGAGGGAGCAGCUGACGUUGACAUGAAAGAAGAUGCAGAAGGGCUUGAGCCUAAAGGCCUUUCCCCACCUCACAAGAAGAGCAAAGCAAAGAAACCAGAAAGUUCAAAGGACUCCAGUGAAGAUGAGAGUGGUCUGGAGGAAAAGCCAACUGCGGGAGAAACGGAAGGGCAGAGCCAAGAAGCAGAUGGUGUCAGCACGGCCCCUGUGCCCAGUCCUGCUUCAGAAGGCACAGUUGAAGUCCAUCAGGAUGAAGGAGAUUCUGCAAAGGAUGACGAUGCUACAAAAGACAGCGAUGUAGCCAAUCAUGCCGUGUGUGAGCAAGAACUUCCCAAUGGACAAGAGAAUGACUCAACAAAGAGUGAAGUAAAAACUGAGACAGAGUCCCCAAGCUCAUCUAUGGAAACAGAAGAGCUUCCAUCAAACCAAGAAGAUGCCACAAUGGUGGAGCAACCAGAAGUGAUUCCCCUGACUGAUGAUGACCAAGAAGAGCAGGAAGGUGAAGCUCAAGACGAGGAUGCAUCUUCUGUGUUUGCAAAAAGCCAAGGUUCCAGCGACACAGAAACCACUACAGGUCCUGAUGUUGAAAUGAACAGCCAGGAUGACAACGUAAAUGAGCCAACAGCGUGUCAGCAAGAAGAUUUCCAAUAGGGCCACAAGAUGAAGCUGAAGCAAAGGAACAAAGAACUGAAGCUAAAUGACAACCCUCAGCAUCGCAAGGCCUGGCCCUGGGGGACUUGGGAAGAAGAU